AAAGUGUUGGCGCGUGAUGAUGACAACAUAGAUGUCAUAUGUGGCUUAUCCCGAGCUAACAUGCUUCUGUUAGGGCUGUGAACUUGAAAUUUCAGUCAUGGCUAUGCACCGCCUCAGUCUGCUGCGGCCUCUGCUCUGUCAGUCCCUGGUGGUCCGGUCUCCCCUCGUGGUCACCUCCAGGGUCAGUGCACCACUUCUGUACCCCAACACCCCCACCUCCUACCCUGCUGCAUGCACCAGGCUCUAUGCCACCAAGAAGGCAAAAGCCAAGGCAAAAGGCCAGUCAGCUAAAGUGAAUAUUAAUUCAGCUCUGGUGGAAGACAUCAUCAGUCUGGAUGAAUUGAAGGAGGAGAUGACCGCUGUUCUCAAUAAGCUCAAAGAUGACUUCACACGCAACCUCAGCAUCCGAACCCAGUCAGGAGCUCUGGAUCACAUUGUGGUGACGACACAAGAUGGCAAGUUCCCUCUCAACCAGCUGGGACAGGUCUCCAUGAAAUCCCCUCAGCUCAUUAUGAUCAACAUGAGCAGCUUUCCAGAGGAUACAGCUGCCGCUGCCCGUGCCCUGAGAGAGAGUAGCAUGAACCUUAACCCAGAGGUGGACGGGACAAUCAUCAAGGUGCCCGUUCCCAAAGUAACACGAGACCACAGGGAGAACCUCGCCAAGCUGGCAAAACAGUUCGGCAACAAGGCUAAAGAAUCACUGAGGAAGGUGCGAUCUAACGCUGUCACACAAGUCAAAAAGACCAAGGAUGCACAAUCGGAGGACACCUUACGUCUUGUGGAGAAACAGAUUCAGCAGAUGGCGGACAACAUGGCGUUGGACAUCGACAAACAGCUUGCAGCCAAGACCAAGGAGCUGCUCGGCUGACUGUGACGAUUAAAAGGUCUUAUUUUGGUUAUUUUGGUUAUAGCUGAACUUCAACUGGACUCAUUCAUAUCUGGUUAAUAAUACACUCACUAGCAUUGGGGAGAUGCAUCGCUGCUGGGGGAUAUCUGGGUUUAACCGUCAGUGCACAAACAGAAAUUGGUACGGAUACAACAACGACAGACUGCCGGUCACAUCCCUCCUCCCUUGUUACUCUUCCUGUCUUCAAACAAACACCGACGAGGGACGAAUGGACUUUUAAUGGGAUUUGCGGGCCUCCUCCUAAUCAAACUCUUUGCCACAAGGGCUGUCUGUUUACAUAAAACAAGCGCACCCGUCUGAAUGUAAACUGGUUGCGGCUUUGUCUUGGUGGCAAGAGCGAGAGAAAAGGGGAGAGACGGUUUGUUCCAGAGACGCAGGAUAUGAUUAGCAUGUUGCCAAACAUUUGUUUCGCAUUGAUUCAAAGUCGGUUCAAAAAUAAACUUGAGAGAAACAACAACUUUAAUUUCUGCCAUCGUCUAGGAUUGAUAAUACGGCUACUCAACCGACAAUAACGUCGGAAAAGUAACAUUAUUGAUGGGCUCCAUUAAAGAAAAUCUACUUUGUA